AUGACCGAUAAUCUUUCUAAAAGUUUGAAAUCAACCGAACAUGAAUUAUCAUGGGCUAAUCGGGGUUUAAAAGGAAACAAUGCAGAUGAUGUCAAAGAAUUAUGUGAUGAAAUUGAGAAAUGCCAACAAUUAGUCGCUUUACGUCUCGAAGGAAACACAAUCAAUGAAGAAGCAGCUACAGCGAUCGGCAAAGCAUUAGAAAAACAUAGUGAAAUCGAACGUCUCAUCUGGAAUGACUUAUUCACGACUCGAUUAAAAACUGAAGUACCGCCGUCGUUGAUUAAGUUAACUCAGGGUUUAAUUACAAAUGGUUGUCAUAUCGUUGAAAUCAAUUUAAGUGACAAUGCAUUUGGUCCAAUUGGAGUUGAAGGACUUAAAACAUUUCUUUCAUCAUCGGCGUGCUAUACAUUAGAAGAACUUCGUUUGAACAAUUGUGGUAUGGGUAUUGGCGGUGGAAAACUGCUAGCAGAAGCUUUGAUUGCUCUUCAUCAGAAUAGCGGAGGUAAACUUGCUUUGAAGCAGUUUGUUGCCGGCCGAAAUCGAUUGGAAAACGAAGGCGCACAAGCGUUGUCAAAAGCUUUCGAACUAAUAGGCACAUUGGAAGUCAUUCGUAUGCCACAAAAUGGCAUUCGUCCACCCGGCAUCGAAGCAUUGACAAGCGCAUUUGUCAGUAACCAGAAUUUACGCGUUAUUGAUUUAAAUGACAAUACAAUCACACUGGCUGCUCCUAAAUUAGCAUCAGCUAUUGAAAAAUUACCCAAAUUGGAAAUCAUUAAUCUAGAAUCGUCAUUGAUUCGUACACAAGGUGCAAAUGCCAUUGCUCGGGCGAUAUUUUCACACAAAAAUCUGAAGGAAUUGUAUCUCGGAUGUAAUGAAAUAAAUACCGAAGGUGCUAUGGAAAUAGCACAUGCUGUGAAGAAUAUGCCAUCGCUACGUUUUCUAGAUUUGAAUGGUAAUUGUCUUGGUCCGGACGGAAUCGAUGAAGUUCGUAAUGCGCUUGAAAACACGGACUUUGUGAAUCAAAUGGUUUUUGAUGAUGACGAAGGUAGUGACGAAGAAGGCGAAGGUGACGGUGAUGAGAACUAUGAGGAUGACGACGAGGAAAAUGAAGAAGAUUAUGAAGAUUACGAGGACGAAGAAGGUGAAGAGAACGACGAAGAAGAUGUGGAAUCUCCAUCAUUCUUUUUUGGCCAAAAUGCUAAUCAACCACCGGCAUGGAACAAUUUUCAAUUUGGUUCCAAUAAAACCACGCCCGCUCAACCAGAAUCUGUCAGUGGUCUAUCAAGUUUAUUGGCAAAUGUUAAUGUGUGUUCACCAUUCAGUUUCGGUUUACAAGCAACUACCGAACCAAAAUUGGCAUCAUUUACUAAUCUCGAUAAAGUCAAGGAACAUCUCAAAAAUGAUGAUCAAUCCACAGAACGUGCUGUGAAAUUACUUGACGAAGUUUGGAACGACAAUGCUAUUUCUCAAAACGAUGCUAGCUCCAUUGCCACAAAUACUUUGAAAGCAUUAACCUUCACACCGGAUAGCGAACGUAAUUUCAACGAACGUCUACUCGUUGCUUUGGGCUUUGUUAAAGAUGAACAAACAGGACGUCAACGUCGAACAACGAAUCAACGUGAUCGAACCUUCCGCACCUUGAUCGAUGUGAAUAAAUGCUUACCGAAAUCGACCAAAAAUCUCCUGUCUGUUUUCCUACAAAAUGCUCCGAAUGACAAAAAUUCAUCUCUGUCUCCCGAAAUCAAACAACAAUUAUUAUCAGCUUUGAAAGGAUAA